GUCAUAAUAAUAAUUUCCUCAGAAGAAAAGAAAUCGCAAUAAUUGCACUUUAAUUACAGAGUCGAGAAUUUCUUUACAGGAUAUUUCCAUUUGACGCAGUGUCGGAUUCCGCGAACCGUUUUAUUUUUCCGCUUACCGAGAUCAGUCUUUUAGGUUAGGUAGGAUACGUUGUAUGAUAUCUACGCUCUGUUUAGCCAGUCGAGUUGCAACUUUCAAGGCAGCGAGUCGGUGCCAGUGGUGACCGUCGCGAGAUACAAACACACGUCCCGCGAGACACGAAAUGUUGAGACUUGUCGUACGAGUGAUGCGACCUAUCGAAACAUGUAAUUUCAUAACAACGCGCAAUCAGCUGCAAAAAUGUGCUUUGCACCAUAGUGAAAUGUCAAGGACAUGGCAACGAAAAAUGGUUUAUUCAUGGCGCGAUAGGACUGAUCGAAAUUAAUCCGAGAGAAACGCAAGAUCUCGUAAAUUUGAAGAAGAAUUCUCUUGGACUCUGAUGCAUCGUAGCCUCGAUCAUAGCACAAAUACUAAUUGGAGAUAAGUGUGAGCUGAUUCUUCCAUACGCAUGAAAUGCAGAUAAGUGUAAGCUGAUCCUCCCACACGCACGAAAUGUAAUCUAUUAUAAAACGUAUGAAGCGUUUCUUCUAAAACUGCAAUACAUUGAAGAAUCUGCUACAUAUUCCUACAAAGAAAACUCUUAUUUUGUUAAAUACAUGAUAUCUCGGCGUAAGACACAUAAUCGAGCAUUUUGAUCAUUAAAUGAAUAGAAGUUUGGAAACGGCAUCAAAUAGUAAAGCAAUCUGCAGAUUUUGUAAUGAAAUACCGCAAUUUUACAUGAACUUUACAUAGAAUGAGAUAAGCCAAUCUCACAUAUGUACAAAUCGAUAUAUGUAGAAAUCGAUGCCGAUGGAAACUUAAAACUAUUGAACUGAUUCGCUUUACGAAUGACGAUCUUCCUUUCUUUCUUUUGUCUCCUAAUUACCAAGCAAUGUACAACCGUACGUGAUUAUCACAUACAUAUAUACAUACAGAUAUACGUGCCUUAUUUCGACAACCUCUUGUCUUCCGCAUGAAGAACAAAUUGUACUUAUGACUUUAUAUUUAUUUAUCAAAUCACAUCCGCAUUAUCGCUACAAGGAAUCUUUUCUGUGAUUGAAAUGUGCAGUUAUUUUCCACGAUCUUCACCACCGCCAAUGUUCGAAGAUCGUUCACACUAAACUCCUGUUAUAGAAUAGCAGCAGAUAUACUUAAAACAAACAAUAGAUAUAAAAAAAAGUCUUGUUAAAGGCCACUGUGCAUACAAGGUUUAAUAAAUUAUGCAAUAUUUUUUUCAAUAACUACGUAUGGCAUGACUUAAAAAUUUAUUCUGGCAAGAGACAGUCUAUUUAAUAGUGCGGUGAUAUUAUUUAAUUUUAUAAGAAAUGUGGACAGCAUAUCUUCAUAAGAAUAUUGCUAAAACAAUGAAGAAGAAAUCAUAUCUUUUCAUCGGUCUAAUUGUAGUAAUGAUCUUGAUAACCUGUCUCUAUUAUUCAGCCACUUAUGACGAUUUUCAAAUUCACAAUAUAUAUCUGAAAAUGAUUCGUGAAGAGGAUUAUUUUGCAAAUGAAACCGAUAGGGCAAAAACAUACAGAGAAAAAGGCAUAAAGACUAUUCUUUUGUGGAACACAUUCUUUGGCAAUAAGAACUUUUAUUUAGGAGAAAUAGAAGACAUUUUCCGCGAUUGUCCUUUUGAUAAGUGCAAAAUCAUUAACGAUCAGAACUAUAUGAAUGCGGAAGAUUAUGACGCGAUUCUUUUCCACGGUAACGAAAUGAAUAAUGAAGUACCACAGAAGAGGAAGACGACGCAAUUUUACGUCUUCGUUAAUUUGGAAAGUCCAGCCAAUCGAAAAGUGUAUGAGAAAUAUCGGAGAAACUUUUUCAACCUCACAAUGACAUACCGUUUUGAUAGUGACAUACUCUGGACUUACAUGAUUGUAGAAGAUGUAAAAAAUGGCGAAUUCGUCGCACCAUCAAAGGAUGUUAAUUGGAGCGCUUUUCAAAAUCAUACAAUUUUUGCAGAUGCAGGAGAUGCGGAAGAAGUGUCAUCUGCAAUAUUGGACACCAUCAAGGCUAAAAGCAAGUCGGUAUCUUGGAUGGUAAGCAACUGCUAUGCUAAAAGUGGCCGGCUGGAAUAUGUGAAGGAACUGUCAAAGCACAUAGACGUUGAUAUUUAUGGCAGAUGUGGCAAUUUGAACUGCUACGACAACUGUUUUAAAAAUAUAAUCGAGGCUCGCUACUUCUUCUACCUGUCUUUCGAAAAUUCCUUCUGCGACGAUUACGUGACGGAGAAGCUGAUGAAUCCGCUCAGGCACAAUGUCGUCCCGGUGGUUUAUGGAGGCGCCAACUACAGUCGGUUCGUACCGCCGAAUUCCUACGUGAAUGCUUUAGACUUCGAGAGUCCGAAGGAGCUUGCCGCGUACUUGAAAUAUCUCUCUCAGGAUCUACAGCGAUAUCAAAGCUUUCUACAAUGGAAGAAAUAUUAUCGAGUCAAAGGAGGGACAGAGCGGGCUGUUUGUACCCUUUGUGAGGUGCUGCAUAAGCAGAAAAAGCCAAAACUGUAUUCGGAUAUAUCCGAUUGGUAUGCCAAAGAUAAAUGUACUAUCCAAACGUUUUUGAAAAAUAGCACCGAUAAAUACGCCACGAAACGUACAAUAAUGAAUCACGAACAGAAACAAGGGUCGGAUUAUAAAGCUAAAACAUAGAAGCGUUAAUAAUGUAUUCAAAUAAAAUGUUUGAAAGGAAAAUAUCCUGGGAUCAAUUAAACUUAAACAUUAAUUGUAAAUUGACGUGAUUCUGGACAUUAAAAAAAAAAAAUAUAUAUAUAUAAGGUAUAAAUAGUAAUCACAUUCUUUUUUCGUUACAUUAGUUUCAACUUCUGUAUUAUUGAUCAGAAUCGUAACAUAAAUACUUUUCGAAUCCAUCUUGUUACUACUCAAAUUGAAUAGGACUUUGCGGAAAUGUAUCAGUGGUAGAUCUGAUUUAUCUUAGUUUCAGAAACUCUGAUUUGAAUACAUAGUUAAGCUUCUAUACGUGAUGAUAAGAUAUCCUCAUCUAUUAUCCUAUUAUGUAUAUUGAACGUUUCUAAGUCUUUAACAAGGUGAACGACGAUGCAGCUUCGACGUUUGACUUAUACAUCACUGAUAGGUCAUUAGACUGAGGAUAUGUAGUACAUCGAUAUAUUCACUACUUGCUUGAUUAGUCAAGAUCAAAGCGGCUAAGCUCCAUCGCCCUAGCACUACUAUACUCCGAGAGUUCGAGGAAGACAGAUAUGUGAUUUGCUGAUUGCUUCACAUCUGUAGAGGAAAUCAGCUUUUGAAAAUUAUUAUUAAAAAUCUAACGGUAAUAUACUAGA